CAUGUUUAUAGAGAUUCAGCCGUAGCCCUGAACACAUCUUCAUAAACCGCGUUGAUCUGAGACAGUGUACACCUGAGACAGUGCACACUUUCCUUGGAAGGAAAAAGUUAAGUCGCGAUGGUGAAGACACCUGUCUUGGCGUGGGGUAUUCGCCUCGCUGUAUUUGGAGUCCUACAAACGGUGCAUGCAAAUGACGGAUCCGGAGUGCCAAAUACUACGAUGUCGACGGCCAUGGGUUGCACUGCUGGAUAUUUCAACGGAGACGGGACACAGUGCUACAAGCUUCAUCAGGAAUCUCGUUCGGCAAUUAUGGCGAUGCUUCUGUGUGAAUCUGAAGGGGCGACAUUAGUAAUGCCAACAUCUCAAACAGAACACGACUUCAUCGUUACAUUGGCUAGUGUGUUCAACACCGGUCAAUUUUGGAUCGGAAUAACAGAUAACUCACUGUUAGGAACCACUGAAGGGACUUACAUCUACAUCGACGGUGAUCCACUCGGGGCGUUCGAAAAAUGGUCCGCCAGCAACAUUAACACGGGAAGUAACGACUGUGUGUACUACGCGUCGAAUGGAGCAGAUUUGGAAUGGAACACAGGCCACUGCCUAGACGACAGCAGAUUUUUCAUGUGUCAACUCCGUGGAACCGUGGAAACAUCCAAUGUACCCGUGAGCACAGGAGAACCUACGAGCUAAGAGUUUUCUUUGUACAUGUAUUCACAUAUUGACAAGGGUGGCCUUGUUCUAUGAUUUUUGUUAUGCAUGUAGGUAUCACAUUUAAAGCUGUAUUAAAUGUAGCACAAUAAUCAUAAUAGAAUACUUGAACUCAUUAUUACUGUUUGACCUACAGCCAUCAAUACCUGUCGAACCAACCCGUGGUAUGAACAUGGCGGGCAGUUUUAUAAAGCAUUUUCAUCGGUACCUGCAACUUAUGAUGAGGCGACGACCUUCUGCCAGAAUGUGGACGCAACCCUUGCGAUGUCAAUUGACGAG